AAUUUGUUUUUGUAGUAGUUCUUGCAUGACGUAAACUUUAAAGCACCAUGUUCGUGUUAUAUUUAUCAUCUUCCGUGUGAAAUGUUGUUGUAAUUUAUCACAUAUUAAAAUUAUUAUUACAAAUUCCUGUGAUCCAAUGACGUAAUACAAUAUUUCCAACUAUUAUUAAAAACUUGGCUUUUAUCACUGAAAGAUGAUUUCCAUUUGCAGAAAAAUAGCAUAUUACCACAGCAUAAAGUACUUAUCUAAUAUACAUAGGUCAAUUUAUUCUGGAAAAGUUCCUCAGUUUUUAUCGAACACAAACUUAAGGAACAUUAAUGAUGGUGGUAACAAAGGUGGUUAUGGAGAACGAGAAAUUUGUUUAUUUGGUCCAGUUGAUUCCCGUGCACCUUUACCGGGGAAUAUGGGAAUUCCUCCUUUUUCUUUACUUUACACUGAUAAAAUUUGUCAACUACCGAAGCCAGCUGGCGAUAAAUGUGAAGUAACCUCUAGUCAGCUACCGGAAGAAAGAUAUCAGACAUUACUAACCCAGGCUGCUUGUGUAGCAGCAGAGAAAGUAUUUUUGUCUUCUCCUGAAGUGGAGUGUGUUGGUUUUGAAUGUCCCCAACUUCUUAAAAAAGAUUUCCUAGAUUUAUUUCCACAUAGAAAUUUAGCUUCUGAUAAUUUAACUGUUAUUACUCUUUGCCAAAAAACAAAGAAUGAUAUGAGUGCAUGGAGUGAAGGUGCUGAACUUGAAAGAGAAAAAUUAGGAAAUAAUUUUCAAAUUCUUGCAAAUGCAAUCUGUGCAUUGUUAAAAUCUUAUGAAUACUGGGCAGAUUUCAUUCACCCAGAAUCAGGAAAGCCGCAUUUGAACUCUUUAACCAAUGCCACCUUGUUUGAAACUGAUUUGAGAUACCGCCAUUUUGGUUUUACAAUUGAAGAUUUAGGUUGUUGUCGCAUCAUUUCUCACGUGAUGUGGGGAACUCAUAUGUAUGUUGGAGCAAUUUUUACAAAUGCUCCUUUAGAUACUCCAGAAGUACAGUCAAUUUUGGACAGGCAAAAAGCUAAUUUAUUAUCUUUUAAUUCUUUAGAUCUGUAAGAAAAGGACAAUUUUAUGAAAUAUAUAUUUUUUUUUAAAUAAAUAUUUCCUGAAUUUUUUGUAAA